AAGAGAAAGUGCUGACAAAUGGGUUAGAAAGCUUUAUUAAUCCCCACAAAAAGAAAAAUAUACAUUACAAACAAUGCAAAUACAUCAAUACACAAAAAUUAAAACAACACAAUAAGACUAAAUGCAAUGCAGUUUAAGGAGUUUUUUUAGCAAGCAACACACAGAUGUGCAAAGUGAUGCAUAGAUAGUUGAAACCAUGUAACCCAACCAACUUGCAGACAGGAGUGGGGAGGAGAACAGUGUCAUCUGGCGAAUUGGAAAAAGAGUCAGGCACGCUUCUUGGAACAUUCUCCCGACAGAACAUGUGGAAACAGAGAGUGAGGCCGUGCUGUGGCGCAGAUGGGAACGUCAUACGGCAGGUGAUUUUGCAUCCUUCGCCAAGACUAAUCAACUACAAUAAGAAAACAUCAGCCAGCUGACAUCUCUCAGAACAAGGAACGAUCCAACCUUGUGGCUUUCCAGAGCCUAAGGUAUCAUAUCAGGAUGCUAUUUAUGAGCAAUACAGAGAAAUAUUCAUUUGUACUUCACAGCGUGGCAAAAUGAAAACAGAUUCCAGUGGCAAACAUGUUUGUGUUGAGGAGAGCUAUGACUAUACAUGUCAAUACAGUAAGAUAAACAUCUAAAUCCUGUCUGCAUUCAUACCAGCCCGUGUUCGACAUCUUAACUUCCAUCCCGCUUCAUGACAACAACAAAUAAACACAGCUCUGUCCUCACAAGACCCCUGCAGCCGGGUGUGACCUGAACUUCUUCUGAAAGCAAAAAUAUGCCUCCCAUGUGUCAAAAGCAGACUUGACCGUUUAGAUGGUAUUCCGUCUUUGAUUCAUUUUUAAAUCAUAAAUAAACUCAUUUGUAGUCAUUUCUAUGGACGUUUAAUGCAACUUUUCAUUAAAAGUGCAUUUGGCACUGUCGGGCUGUUCUACAAAAGUACACCGUGAUAACUUUUAGUUGACAUCUCUUCUAACCUUUGGACUACAAAAUAACUCAUAAACUAUUGAUAAAUGGUACUUGGGCCAAUUAAGGACAACUAGAACAUUAUGAAGAAUUCCAAAGAGAUCAGAUUUAUCUAGCUGACUGGGUUGAUGGAUUGCGUUAUUAGCCGUUGGCAUAUACUGUCUUGUGUAAAUUCCAGUGAAAACACUGUCCCAAUUAUACAGACAACUCUUUGUCCAAAAUAAACUAUUAAGUGGCGAAAUCUCCAGUGGCCGCACUACUCCAACAAAAUGCAGAAUUCUUGUUGCAUUUACUGAAUCAGUUAACCGACACAGUACAUUAAGAAACUGGUAACGCUUUACGAAAAGGAUGUAUUUAGUAGCAUUAGUAAAUGCAUUAGGUUUCAUUAACUAACAAUGAGCAGUUAGCACUUAUCAAUCAUUGCCAAUACCAGUUGUUUAUGUUAGUUCAUUGUGCAUGAACAAAUGUUAACAGAUGUUAUUUAAUGUUUUAACUUAUGUUAACAAAUACAACCAUAUUGUAAAAAAAACUUCUGAAUCUCUUUUAGUUGACUAAAGAACUAAACGAUAAUCGAGAAGUCGUCCCUACGCUUCUGUUAAGUGCCUGACGUUUUGAACAUUCUUAAAAGCCACAAGGGUAAUGGAGUUCCUCUCCCAGAGCAAAUUACUGUAGUCAGCGUGUAAUCACCAGAGAAAUGAAAUCCCUCGCCUUCAUUGUUACCAUGGCAAAGAUUACUUGACUGCUUUAACAUUUUCACAGCUGAUGCAGGAAAAGUCUAUAUCGCUGGAUUUUCGAUGAAGAAAAAGAAAAAAGAAUCUCUCUCUUUCUGUCCACCCCUUGCACAUUCUCUCUCUCUCUCUCUCUCUCUCUCUCUCAGUCCCAGCCCCUGAAGGUGUCAUAACUGUGCUCUCUCGCUCUCGCUCUCGAUCACCGCCUUUCAGAUCUUUAAAAGCUGCUGCCUGCCGUCUCUCACUCGUUCUUGGUUUGUAUCCUCUGGCGCUGCAGGGGACUCCUGGCUGCCUCACCACCGCACAGGCACCAAGCAAGGCUGAAAAGCAAGCAAAGAAAAGAGGAAAGAGAAACAGACUUCCAGAAAUAGCAUCAGCCACGUACGAGCAUGGAAAACCUGAGACCCGGACACAAGAUGUUUCUCCUUUCAAACUUGAUGCCGGUCGUCCUGUUGCUGGUCAUCCACUGUGGAUCCAGGUCCCUGGCAGGUCGUCUAGGGCCCCAUAAAAACUGCCUGACCUGCAAAGACGGGCAUUACUCGGGUCGGGCCUCCAGGGACCACGCCGGGCCAGCCAGCACGGGCGUCCUGGCAUUGGGGGAUCCCUGCGGGGUGUACACCCUAAGCUGUGCCAAGGGGCUUCGCUGCGUGCCGCCUGCGAAGGACCAUAGCCCCCUCCAGGCUUUGCUGCAGGGCAGAGGCUUUUGCGCCAAACAGGGCAAACUGAUCCCGACAGAAAAGCCACAGCCCACAGGGUCACAUCAUCCACACAGUAGUGACACAGAUAAGGCUCCAUGUCGUAAGCUGCUCAACACUGUUUUGAGGGGUCUGGAGCUCACCAUUUUCCAGUCUGACCGUGAUAUCUACAUCCCCAAUUGUGACACUCGUGGCUUCUACAGAAAAAAGCAGUGUCGUUCGUCCAAGGGAAUGCAGCGUGGCCACUGCUGGUGCGUGGACGAGCUGGGCAUCAAAGUGCCGCCACGUAUCAGUGAAGACAGUACUUUACCGUGUGAUGGAGAGUGA